AUGGUGAUCUUAACCGAGACAGAAGCGCUUGUCACUCCUCGUAAUCCCGCGGCGAAACAUAACUUUGGCCCAAUUUCCUUUCGGGAAGAUACGCUCUUCACAGCCGAACGACCUGGGCAUCCUGGAACCAACGGAGUACCGACGGAGAUUGUGGAAGAUUGGAUCCGGUUCAUCAAGUCACAAGGGAUCUCAAAUGUCCUUAUCAUUAUGGAUGAAAAUGAAUUCGGAGUCUAUGAAAUUGACUUGAAGGACUUUUACCAGGCGGCAGGACUCAAAGUGUUCCAUAUUCCGUUCUCGUCGCCGGAUUGCUACGAACGAACCAUGGCAUUGAUUGAGGAAAUGGAUCGCAAAGGAGAAAAGGUGGUUUCACACUGCACUGGUGGAAAGGGAAGAUGUGGUCGCGUAGCGUGCGCUUGGUUGUGCAAAAAGUGGAAUCUUUCCCCUUUACAAGCCUCGCAAGAGUUCAUCGAUCAGGCAGAAAAACGUGGUUUAUAUCGUCUAGGAGAUGUCCAGAAACUAAAAUCCUGGAUAGGGUACACUUCUUGCUGCUAA